AUGGCCAUGGGAGUAACAUCAAGAACAAUUCUUUUCCUCUCGCUUUCCUCUUUGUCCAAACAUCACCCUUGCUCUCCAUUUUUCAGACUCCCAAAACCCACCUCUACUAGGGUUUUGCGAGGGUUUAGGCCACUAUGCUCCGUGCCGGCAGCUAUGACAACCGAAACACCGGAAGCAAUCCUGGAACCGGACCAAAUGAAGCACUCGAUCCUCCUUGAAAGGCUGAGACUUAGGCACCUCAAGGACUCUGCGAAAACGCCACAGGCCAAGUCCCUGCUUCAGUCACCGGUGGCUGCCGCUGAGGAGAGUGAGAAUAAGAAUAAGAAGAAGAAGAGGUUGGCUGGGAGUUUUGAGGAGUUGGGAUUAGGUAAUGAGGUGAUGGGGGCUGUAAGAGAGAUGAAUAUUGAGAUACCUACGGAGAUACAGUGUAUUGGGAUCCCUGCUGUUUUGGAGGGGAAGAGUGUGGUAUUGGGUUCUCAUACUGGUUCCGGCAAGACUCUUGCUUACAUGUUACCUCUCGUUCAGUUGAUGAGACAAGAUGAGGCCUUAUUAGGUAUGCUAACGAAGCCCUGGUGCCCUAGAGCCGUUGUACUUUGUCCCACGAGGGAACUUUCUGAGCAGGUUCUUGAACCAAGCUUGGCUAAGGGGAACAGGGUGAUGGUUUUCUGUAACACUUUGAACUCUAGUCGUGCCGUGGAUCACUUCCUUACUGAGAAUCAGAUCUCAACUGUCAAUUACCAUGGUGAGGUGCCAGCAGAACAAAGGGUUGAAAAUCUAAAAAAAUUUAAGAGUGAUGAUGGAGAUUAUCCAACGUUGGUCUGCACAGACCUGGCUGCUAGGGGACUGGACUUGGAUGUAGAUCAUGUUAUCAUGUUUGAUUUCCCUCUGAACUCUAUUGACUACCUCCAUCGCACUGGAAGGACUGCUCGUAUGGGUGCAAAAGGAAAAGUGACAAGUUUGGUGGCUAAAAAAGACCAGAUGUUGGCUUUACGAAUUGAGGAGGCCAUAAGGAAGAACGAGAGCUUGGAAUCUCUUACUGCAGAUAAUGUUCGUAGGGAUGUUGCUAGAGCUCGAAUAAUGCAAGAGAAGGGGAAGAGUGUGAAACUAAUAAAAGCCUCAAGUGAGAAAAAGAAGACUGCAAUAGUGAAACCUCUUACUGUCCAUAAGAAGGUUGUACCUUCCAAGUCAUCAGGAAGAAAGUCCUCUGUUGUGAAAUCUGUGAAAGUAUCAGCUCCAUCAAAAUCUUCCAAGAGAAUAGUUAAGGUGUCAAAAUCUGCCAAGUCCCCUGCUGCCAGUAACUCAAAAAAGGCAACUUGGGGUCGAAGGAAGGAGGCAGAUGGCAGAAAACCCAGUAGAGCUUCAAAACUCAGUGUUGUGGGGUUCAGAGGGAGAGCAUCGUCAUUGAGACAAACCUGAUUUUUUCUAGUCUUUUUUUUUUCCUUUUCAUCAAAAUUGCAUUAGAAUGUCGUUUUAGAUAGUUUUGUAUAUGAAAAACUUUUAGGGGUAUUUAUACUGUUCUUCCACUUCCACAACUUUCUUUGUGGAAAUUAUCCUGCAUGGAAUGGCUAUUGAUUUGCUAUGACAA